AAGUUGGUUGCAGUAAUGUAGUUCAUACUGCCCACGUAAUCGUAAUAAGCAAUGUAGCCUAUCUGGUUAAAGCAGAAGAAAGUUCACGCAGGCUACAUCAUUCACGGAAAUGGCGCACAGAGUUCGGCGAACCGUGACGACAGAGCAGUGAAUGUGCUCUGUAAGAUUAAGAGACUUUGCGUUUGAUUUGGUGACAGAAGGCUGAAAUUCAAGUAUUGUCCUCAAAUGAGAAUGUUACUGCACAGCAUCUUUGUAGGCCAGGCUCUGCGAUAAAGGUCUUCUGAGAAGUGCCUUCUUCAGACUUAACACUGACGUACAUUUCCUGUUUCACAACCCCAGAGAGACUGCGGAGAUGGGCAGCCAACGAAAAGACAGCUUUCUUUGGGGAAAAAAAGAAGUGUCGGGAGACCUCACACCAAUGGAGGAGAAGCAAAUCCAAGUCCUGAAAAUACACAAGAACGACCUAUUAGACGACAUUCAGAAACUUAAGAUGGAGAUUGAGACCGUGAUGGAAGAAAUCGAGAAUUUUGAAUCGGACGAGGAAAACAAACACAUCAUAAAGAGCAAGCAGUUCUUGUGCGGGAAGAAGAAGUUCAACAUGGAUCCUAAAAAGGGUAUGCAGUACCUGGUUGAUAAUGGUCUUCUGGAGUGGGAGCCCCAGGCGGUGGCAGAGUUCCUUUACAAAGAGGAGGGCCUUAACAAGACGGCGAUCGGGGACUUCCUGGGCGAGAGGGAAGAUGUGCACCUUCAGAUUUUGAGAGCGUUUGUGGAGCUGCAUGAAUUUUCAGACCUUAACCUUGUGCAGGCACUGAGGCAGUUCCUGUGGAGCUUCCGCCUCCCAGGCGAAGCCCAGAAGAUCGAUCGCAUGAUGGAAGCCUUCGCCAGCCGCUACUGCAGCUGCAACGCCGACGUCUUCCAGUCCACAGACACCUGCUACAUCCUGUCGUUUGCCAUCAUCAUGUUGAACACCAGCCUCCAUAACCCCUGCGUGAAGGAGAAGACCACGCUGGAACGCUUCAUCAGCAUGAACCGAGGCAUCAACAACGGCGGUGACCUACCGAGCGAGCUGCUGACGAAACUGUAUGAGAGCAUUCGGAGUGAGCCCUUUAAAAUCCCGGAGGAUGACGGGAACGACCUCACGCACACCUUCUUCAACCCUGAUCGAGAAGGCUGGCUCCUCAAACUCGGGGGCAGAGUGAAGACCUGGAAGAGGAGGUGGUUCAUUCUGACAGACAACUGCCUGUACUACUUUAAGUACACAACAGACAAAGAGCCCAGGGGCAUCAUUCCGCUGGAGAACCUGUGCGUGGCAGAAGUCAUGGAACCUCACAAACCAUACUGCCUGGAGCUCUAUAACCCCAUCUGCAAGGGUCAGAAGAUCAAGGCCUGUAAGACGGAGAGAGACGGACGAGUGGUGGAAGGACAGCACCAGUCUUACAAGAUCUCUGCCUCCACGGGCGAAGAGCGAGACGAUUGGAUGAAGUCAAUCAGGGCGAGUAUCACCAAAGAUCCCUUCUACGACCUGGUGAGUGUCCGGAAGAGAAAGGUAAUCAACCAUGUCUCCCAGGACUGAGAGGUUAUAGGUCAGUCAGUGCCUGUAGGACUUCGGAUUCUGGGAAAUGGUGUUCACAGUACAGAGGUGAGAUGGACUACUCCUGCUCUAAGAAGAUCAGGUGUUCUCAUUAAUGGAAUGCUUUGCCACAACGGCACCCUUUGCCUGGAUUGGACAGAAGCACCGCAUGGGUGUUGCCCUCUUAGCCAAUCGUCUCCCUCUAUCAUCCAGAACAUUUUUUUCCUGAAGUGUUGCUGAAAAUGUUGCCUCAUUAAGAUAGGACACAGAAUUUGUUUAAUGGUGCAUUACUACCGUCUGUAAGACAAUUAGGAAACUGUACCCACUGAUGUGCCCUCAGCUGGAUAUGGGAGCUUUCAUCAAUUAAUCGCAAAAAAAGACCAACAAGUGUGAAAUAUGGCACCAUCAGCAGAGAGGACUUAAUGGAGUUACACCCUGAACUCGGACCCUGCCCCGUUCCGACCAGAAUGAACAUCACAUAGACAGUUCUGCUACAUGCAGUGUGCAAGAAAUGAGCCGAAACUACAUCUGUGGUUGUUUUUAAAAAUUGGUUUUUAAUUACUGUUCUAAUAUCGAAUUGAGUUCUUCGCUUCGUGUCGCGUGUUCAAAUAGAAUUUUGAAACAGUUUGACCAUCAGCAUGUGGUAGCUCAAUUUAUUGCAGGGGUAGGCAGGUCCAAGCCCGGAGAGACGGUGUGUUUACAGGAACUUGGUUUACAAAUUACCCUGGUUCAAUUGAGCUAAAUUGUUGGAUAAGCCAGUGCCUCACAUUUAAUUAAUAUAGGGACAGUCUUUAGCUGUCAUUCAUAAGCUUAAGUAAUUUAG